AAGGCAGCGUAAUUCAACAUGGCGGACUAUUUCAAAAUGUAGUGUGAUUUUGAUGACUUUGUCUAAUGCUCAACAAGGCGAAAACGUGGCUCUACCUUUCUGAUAUCCUUUCUUAAGAGCAUGGCGAGUACUAGACGCCGUGUCAAAGUCUAUACCCUAAACGAAGACCGACAAUGGGAUGACCGAGGGACGGGGCACGUGUCGUCGUCGUAUGUUGAGCGUUUGCAAGGAAUGUCUAUCAUGGUUCGAUCCGAAGAAGACGGUUCAAUACUGCUCGAGUCAAAGAUCCAACCACAUACUGCCUAUCAGAAACAACAGGAAACACUUAUAGUUUGGUCAGAGGGAGAGAACUGUGAUCUUGCUCUAAGUUUUCAAGAAAAGGCCGGAUGCGAUGAGAUUUGGGCGAAGAUUUGCCAGGUCCAGGGAAAAGAUCCCUCUGUCAGUGUCACUCAAGAUCUACCCGAGGAUGAAGAUUCCGAAGAAAGAUUUGAAGAAGUUAUGGACACUUCGGGUCCCGUUGAACUUCCUCCUUGCGAAAUGAAUAAACUCGAAGAAAUUUGCGAAUUUCUAAGUGGCGUACCUCCACCGCCACUCAAAGAAAAAAUUGCAUUAGCAAUAGAGCAAGAGAAUUAUAUAAAAAAACUUAUCGAUAUCUUCCAUAUGUGUGAGGAUCUGGAAAACAUUGAGGGUCUACACUUCUUAUAUGACAUAUUCAAGUCGUUGUUUUUUAUGAACAAACCGUCUCUACUAGAAACUUUAUUGUCAGAUGAACUGUUAUUUGAUGUUAUUGGAUGUCUGGAGUACGAUCGAAACAGCCCAGAGCCGAGAAGACACAGGCAUUUUCUACGAGAAGUAGCUCACUUCACCGAGAUAAUCCCCAUGACAAAUCCUGACUUGAUCGCCAAAAUUCAGCAAACUUACAGGGUGUCUUACAUCUACGAUGUUAUUUUGCCUCCACCGACUGUAUUUGAAGAAAACAUGCUUGGUUCCCUUGCUUCGUUUGUGUUUUUCAACAAGAUUGAGAUAGUAACUCACAUUCAGGAAGAUGAAAGGUUUUUGGCAGAUCUUUUCCUUCAGUUAACAGACGAAAAUACAGCAGAAGAUAGACGGAAAGAUCUGGUGUCAUUUUUGAAAGAGCUGGUUAGCUUCUCCACACAGCUGCAAGUUCACCAGAAAGAUGAGUUUUUCAAGUGCUUAUCUCAUCAUGGUCUUCUCCCAGUACUGGAAAUGCUUAUGAAUAAAGAGAAUGAGAGCACAAAGCUCACAGCUGUGGACAUCAUAAGUCAGUUGGUUGAUAUCAGUCCCUAUGUCGUUAGAGAUUUUAUCAUGAAAGAAAGCAAUUCCCCACCAGAGGAUAUGUUAAUGAACCAGAUCAUAGACUACAUGAUAUGUGAUGGCGAUACAGGGAAUGCCUACCAACUUGCACAGUUGAUAAGGACUCUACUAGACCCUGAAAAUAUGGCCCUGGGACCAAACAAAAUGGAGAAGACAGAGUUCCUAAGCUUCUUCUAUAAACACUCCAUGCAUGUGUUGACAGCACCUCUGUUUGCAGCAACAUCAGACUUAAAGUAUCACAAAGAUGACUAUGUUAGUUCAGUGACAUUGAGUCACAUUCUUGAGCUGUUGACAUUCUGCAUAGAGCACCACACUUACCAUAUCAAGAACUAUGUGAUCAGUAAAGACCUCCUCAGGCGAGCUCUGGUUACCAUGAGAUCAAAACACAAGUUCUUGGUGCUUAAUGCACUUCGCUUUUGUCGAAAAAUAGUGGGUCUAAAGGAUGAGUUUUACAACCGUUACAUUAUAAAAGGAAAGCUAUUUGAGUCAAUUAUCACAGCAUUCAAAGACAAUGGUAUCAGAUAUAACCUUUUGAACUCAGCAAUAGUAGAGCUGUUUGAAUUCAUCAGAGUGGAGGACAUAAAGUCCCUAUGUACUCAUGUUUGUGAAGAGUACUACAAGUUCUUCGAAGACGUCAACUACGUGAGCACUUUUAAGGGACUUCUUUUACGCAUGGAACAGGAGAAAGACAGAAAACAGAACAAUAAGAUUGUAGAAAGGGGUGGUAACCAUGGCAUCAUUCAUGUAAACAGCCGGUUUAGAAGAGACGCCCGUUCAAUGGAGGAAGACGAAGAAACUUGGUUUGACCAAGGUGACGAAGAGAAUGGCGAUGACGCUAUCUUACCUAAAGAAGAUUUCCUUGAGAACGAUGAUCGGGAAUUCAAAACAAGAAAAUCAUUUAUCGCAGCAACAAAACCUAAUAAAUUAUCCAGUGACCAGCCUGUUGUCAAUAAUAAAACUCCAUUAAUGGGUCUUGUAGACUAUCCUGAUGAUGAUGAAGAUGAUGAUGAUGAUGAAACGACAUCCCCAGCCAAACGAAUGCGCCUUAAUUCUUCUUAGUACAAGCUAAAGAUAAACCAACAAGCAUAAUUAGAAGUGGAAUUUGGUCUUUUCGCUACAAGUCGAUUCGGACAACCUUGAUGAUUGAUUCGAUCCUCCGUGAUGAUGCGAGUUGAUGGUCCACUCGACUCGACUCACAUUGAUGGCCGAUCCGAUACAACGUGGUCAAUUCGACAAACUCCGAUGCUCGAUUCGAUCUAUAUAUGUGGUCGAUUUGAUCCAGAUUGAUGAUCGAUCUGAUACACGUUGAUGGGCGAUCCGAUCCACAUAAUGGUGGUUUCAAUCCACAUUAAGUGGUCGAUUCGAUUUGGGCCGCUGUUCGAUUCGAUCCAGAUAUAUGUUCGAUUCGAUCCAUGUAGGUGUAUCAUAUUGGCCAUCGAUUUGGAGCUAAACGACCAGCCAAAGAAUGACCGUCCACCAAUAAAGUGUGUGGCUACGAACAUUCGCAUAUAAUUAUAUAUAUAUAUUGAUAAGAUAUUGUAAAUGAGUAUUGUUUUUAACCAACCCGGCCAAGUCAAACUUCAGUGUGCUACGGGUUUUUAAUGCUUUAUUUUUUUUUUCUCCCCGACGUCUCUCUUCAUUCAUUCGUAAAUCAUGCUGUAUCACAAUGCAUUCAUUCAUGUCAUCGAGGACAUAAGUCGUGAUUUUAAUGAUUCCUUACUGCACUGUCUGAUGAUUUCAACAUUUUUUAUUUAUAUGAUGUUCUGACAUUUUAUUGCUAUUCUCAAACUCUGUGAAUAAAGAUUUGUUACUGUAAACUAAUUGAAA